UAUUACCCAGCUUGGGAGCUUCUUCUUGCUUCCAGAAUUUAACAAACUUGGUCAUCGAUGGCUUUGAUCAUUUAAAAUAUUUACUCCCAUCUUCGAUGGUCAAAAGUGUUUUCAGACUGAAAGGGCUUGAGAUAUCUAACUGCAAGUUCAUGGAAAAAGUAAUAGAUGAAGAUGAAGAGAGAUCAAGUACAAUGAUGUUUCCUAAAUUAUACCAGCUAAAGCUUAGGGAUCUUCCAAAACUCACAACAUUCUGCAACUCCACUGCAAAAUUUGUUGAAAUGUCCUCCUUAUUCAGACUGUGGAUUGACGGUUGCCCUGGUAUGCAAACAUUCAUCUCCAGUUUUGUAUGUGGUGCCAUGACAUCAUCAAGCAAAGAUCAUGAAGAAAUGAAUACAAAGGAGAAUUUUACUCAGAUGCAAUCUCUUUUUGAUAAAAAGGUAAGACUCCCUAGUUUGGAGAGAUUGCAAAUCAGCUAUGCUGAUCAAUUGGUAAAAAUAUGGGACGAUCAGGUCUCUUUGGAUUCAUUUGGAAAAUUAAAUCGUGUGUUUGUAAGCUUUUGUAAAAAACUUGUAAGUGUUUUUCCAUGUAAGAUGCUUGGGAGACACCAGAAACUUGAAUCAUUGUAUGUACAAAACUGUGAUUCAGUUGAAGAGAUAUAUGAAGUACUUGAGAAAAGCUCUAGUAUGGUGGAGGAACCUGUUGAGAAGGAUGAAGCAGUCCCUAGGUUUGUGUUCUCGAACUUAAUUUGGCUUCAUCUACAGAUGCUACCGAGUCUCAAAAGUUUCUACCCAGAAGUAUAUAUUUCAGAAUGGCCAGUUUUAAAAAAGCUUAAAGUAUAUAGAUGUGAUAACGUGGAGAUCUUUGCUUCAGAAUUGUUGAACAUCCACGGGACUCAUAGAGAGAGUCAACAACCGCUGUUCUUUGUUUAUAAGGUAUGAGCCUCAAGUACUCAAUUAAAUCAUGUC